CGACCCAAAAGACUAUUAAGAUAAUAAAUCACUGAUGGCAAACAAACAACAAAGUGAACCUCAUUAGUUACUAUCCUAAUAAAACAAGAUUUAAUUAAACGCAUUACUAAAAUAUCCAAUUUAGAAAACUUACUUAAAAAACAAAAUAACCCCACUUCUAUUGCAUAACAUAUAAAUAAAAGAAUACAUUAACCCAAAUGUAUUAAUUGUGGCGUACAUUCAUUUGAGUUUGGUUGCACCAAAAGGUGUUGUAUGUACAUAGUUAUCCUUUUGUCUGUAUUAAAAAACUAAUUAUCCUCCUUUAACAGAACAAGAAAAAUAUCUCCCACUCAAAGAGAUCAUACAAGGGUUAAAGAACUAAAAAAGACCUAUCUUAAAAGCUAAGUGAAAAUCCCAAAAAUAAACAAAUAAUCAAACAUCAUUUAAAUAUCAGGAGCAGCCAAGUUUCCUGGGCCCAUAAUAUUUGAAUCCUAAAACCUUCAUCCAUACGCGAAUAUUCACCAAACUUCGAUCUGAGAGCUAAUUAAGAUCGAACGGUUGAGCUCUCUCCCGUAUCUUACACGCGCUGUAAUCGCGAGUGACGUCUUUUCCUCUUCCCACAAUAAUAUCUAAAGAAAAUCAUCCAGGAUCUAAGCCAACUUGCCAACCAAAAAACAGUAUAAACUUGCUAUCAAAUUCUGUCUGAAACGCCCAUUUAACCAAAAAUCCAAAUGCAAAAUCUCCGCCUCAAUUUAAAUUGAAACGAAUUUCAGACAACGAAUCACAACAACGACGUGUCGUUUUUGGUUCCCGAGUGAGGAUGAGAACUCUUACGGCCUAUACCGAAGACAACAACAACCGACCUAUAGAGUGGCACUACACAGUCCUAGAUGACCGGAACUUCGAAAUCCGUGGCCAAGCGAUCUUCUUCGUCAUCAUAAUCUUCUCCGUUCUCCUCGUCGUCACUCUCCUCGUCCUCUACGCCCGAUGGAUUUGCCGUUACCGCCACGUCAGCUUCCCCAUAGAUUCUGCCAGAGGAGGUGGUCCGGUGCCUUCGACGCAGGGUCUCGACGCGGCUGUGAUUAAAGGGAUGCCGAUUAUUUUGCACCAGGCGGCGGAGGAGGGGGAAGCGGUGGCUCAUCGGGCCGAGUGCUGUAUAUGCCUCGGCGUGUUUGAGGAAGGAGAGAAGGUGAAAGUUUUGCCUCAGUGUUGCCAUUGCUUUCAUCCCGAGUGUGUGGAUCAGUGGCUCGGUACUCAUUCCAGUUGCCCGCUUUGCCGAGCUUCGCUCCGAGUUGAGACGGUUGUUCCUAAGAUUCUCGUAGAAUGAGCAAGGGACCCAUUCAUGAUUACAUAAUACGACUUACUUUUUUUAUUUAUUUUUUUUAGCUAUAAAUUCAGUUAUUGCGGUGUAUAAUGUAUAUAAUUGAUUGAUCUUUGUAUAAUUUUUGCUGUAAAGCACUAAAUGAAUUUGAAAUUAAUACAAUCCGUAUAUUUUACAGAA